GAGAGAGAGAGAGAGAGAGAGAAGCAGGCAGGCAGGAAACAGGACACCCGCGGAGGUGGAAGAAAGGGAAGGAGAAGAACCUCUACCUCCUCUCAGGCGGACUGUAUUUACCGACUCCGGCAGAAUGUGUACGCCAUGUUGUGUCUCUCAGCUGGCCUGCUGCUGCGGCUCAGCAGCCUGCUCGUGCUGCUGCAACUUCUGCCCCAAGAUAAAGCAGUCUACAGGGACCCGAUGUAUGUACGCCCUGUACUUCCUGUUGGUUACCGUCAUCUGUGUCAUCAUGAUGUCCCCCACUGUGGAGAGGGAGCUGAGAGACCAUAUCCCCUUUUACACCGAAAUGUGUGAGAAGAUUAACGCAGGAGAAAACUGCAAAACCCUGGUGGGCUACUCCGCCGUCUACAAGAUGUGCUUCGGUAUGGCCUGCUUCUUCUUAUUCUUCGCCAUCUUCACCAUACGGGUCAACAACAGCACAGGCUGGAGGGCGAUAGUGCAUAACGGGUACUGGUUGCCGAAGUUUAUUUUGCUGGUGGCAUGCUGCACUGGAGGAUUCUUCCUCCCACAAGAGGAAACCUUUCUGGAAGUGUGGCGCUACGUAGGAGCUGCUGGCGGGUUCCUUUUCCUCCUGAUCCAGCUCAAGCUGUUGGUGGAGUUUGCACACAGAUGGAACACAAACUGGUAUGCCGGAGUAGCAUAUAACAAGCUGUGGUAUGCCGCUCUGGCCUUGGUGACGCUGGUGCUGUUCAGUGUUGCAGUGGGAGCCGUGGUCUUCAUGGGUGUGUUCUACACCCAACCUGAGGCCUGUUUACUCAACAAAAUCUUCCUGGGCAUCAACGGUAGCCUCUGUCUCAUCAUCUCCCUGCUGGCCAUCUCUCCAUGCAUACAGAAACUGCAGCCCACAUCAGGCCUGUUGCAGCCAGGAGUGAUCAGUGUGUACGUCAUGUACCUCACCUUCUCAGCCUUCUCCAGCAAACCAAAAGAAAUCCUGGAGAUAAAUGGCACAAACACAACCGUGUGUGUGUUUCUCAACAAUUCGGGGACAGAGAGCGACAAGAAGAUUGUUACAGCUUUCGGAGCAGUUAUCCUGUUUGGUUGUGUCCUUUACUCUUGCUUGACGUCCACCACCAGACGAAGCUCUGCUGCGCUCAGGGUGUGUAGGAACAGUGAGCCAGAGACUGAGAGAGCUCGCUGUUGUUUCUGUUUUGGAGAUGACACAGAGGACUACGAUGAGGAGAAUACUGGUGGAGGACAGAACGUGGUGUACGACGAGAAACAGGGAACCAUCUACGGCUACACCUACUUCCACUCUGUCUUCUUCCUGGGUUCCCUUUAUGUCAUGAUGACCGUCACCAACUGGUUCCAUUAUGAUAAUCAUAAGAUUGAGGCGCUGUUGGAUGGCAGUUGGUCAGUGUUCUGGAUCAAGAUGGCCUCCUGUUGGGUCUGUCUCAUCCUCUACAUGUGGACCCUCAUUGCUCCUAUGGUCUGCCCAAAGCGUUUUGAGGCGUAGGACGCACAUCGCUACUCGAGGAUCGUACUCCUCUGAUUCUCUGGAUACGGGCAGACUUAAACCUCCCACGCUGAGCCAAGGGACCACCACAAUUCCCCCUUUUCUUUGAAACACGACCCCACACCACCCUCAGCGUUUGAAAGGGAGGAUCAUCUGUUGCCUUUUGUUUUAUAUGCUAGUGGUAGUUUUUACAUUGUUCAACAAUAUUAAGUUGUCAAUACCUUGACGGUAAUUUUUUAAAGAUUCUUUACUACCAUAACUCCUGGAUUACUUAUAGGUUUGAAAUUACAUGAAGAAUCAUAGGAGGUGAAUUACAUGAAACACGAGAAGAAUCCGGUUCCUAUCAAUUCACUGAUCAUUUCAGACUUGUGCGUGUUUUGUUGUUGUUUUAUGUGUGUGUCUUUUCUAUUGGAUUCUUACUUUUACUUUCACCCAAGUAUUUCAGUUCUGUACAGUUGGACUAUAAAGUUGUAGCAAGGUUUUGGGACAAAUUUAUUUCAAGAUUAGAGAUGUUACAUGAGAAACUGUAUUUAUUCAAGUGUGUCCUAAGUAAUCAGAAGAAAUGUGGUGGAAACUGAAUUAGAUUUGCCCCUAACUCUGUUUAAAACCUCAUCUCUCAGGCUCACAUGAAAGCUGUAUUAUGUUUAUGCUUUAUUAUAUCGAUCCCCUUUUGUAGGAGUUUUCUAUGCAACCGAACAAGCUUGAUAUUAGAUAAGCUGUGUUGUGAAGGUUCCACUUAGAUCACAAGGAUAAAUGUUAAAAAAAAAAUUUGAUGCUCCCUUUGAGUCAAAUCUUUUUUUAGGAAAAAUCAGUGUCAUAUGUUCAAGGUUUCCAGUCCACGCAGUGUGGUACGGGCAUUGCUCUUCAAAUCAACCUUUGUAACCUUUUGUAAGAAUGACGUCAGAGAAGUGCCGCCUCUCCAGAAGAGCUGCAGUGACACAACAGUGAAUAUUUGCCAAAGGUAGAUGUCAGAAAAAUACAAAUUCCUCUGUCUUAUUGUUUGGUCUGUUACAGAGAAAGUAUACCUGAGAGCAUAAUGUAUUUGCAUGCCCAUGCAGACACUCAUGCUGUUUAGUUGUUUUCUGUACAGUCAUGAAGUCUUUAUGCCUUGGUUUGUUACACACAGCUCAGAUUGGUGGUCUGAAUAAGGUCACAUGAGUGGUUUUACUGGUGCAUUAUUCAACACUGGAUGUUGAGUUUACUGCCAAAUUCAGACAAAGACAUUUACCGUUUAUUACCUGUGUGUCAGGUUUUGUAUAAAAAUACAAUAUAUUGUGAUCUGCAAGUUAUUUUCUGUUUCAUCAUCAAAACUAAACCAUUAAGUUUGUUUGUCUAAUUGUUUACUUAACAUGUUUUAUAAUAACUUAAAUGUACAUUUUGUCUAAAGUUCUCUGAUCUGUGGAAAUUAUUGAUUUGAGUCUUGCUGUCAUGUGACUUCUCUCUUUGAAAGUAUUUCAGCAUUAAAGUUACUGGUAUGAAUGUAGAGAUAAAAUGGUGCUCAGGGCAGCUUUGAUAUUCAAGAAUUAAAAUCAGACAACAGGACCAACAGUGAAGGCUGUGCAAAUCCAUACCAUUUAGAAAUACUUUCUGACCAAGCUGUGUUUAAAAGAAGGAGAUGUGCUUGUCAUGCAGUUCAAAAUCUUCACACUUUCAAUAAACCAUCCAUUGAAGGUCA